CUGUGGGUUUGUACAACCGCUGAUACAAGAUCUUCUCGGCUCACAAGUUUUCUAUCAUGGCGUAAAUGAUGUAACUAAAUUUCGACUCUUCCUUGUUUUUCUUCUAAUAUUCUGAAAUCUGAUUAAGAAAAUGAACCUCCGUAUGCUACUAAGAUUUUUGAAUGAUCAGCAUUUAGUGGAAAGGCUGGCAAACACCUCUGUGAUCCGGCGUUUUGCACAGCUAACACACUACUCUUAUUUAAGAGCAACAUCCUGGGGAAAUAAGUCUCUUGAAAAGCUCUCAGAAGCUAGCAAGACACAAGAAGAGGGCAGGGCCAGUACCACAGGGAGGCUUGUGUCUUUUUCAAAGAGAUUUAUGGAGAACAUUCAGAGAGAAAUUGAAGGAAAAGCCAGUGGUGGAAGGGGACCUUAUAACUAGUCAAUCACCUUUUCUCGAGCAAGGUCAAGAAACUGCUGUUACCAAUAGGGCAUGGUGAUGGACAGUGGAGGUCAAAUGAACAUUUACCUGGGUAAUAAUGUAGGUGAUUAUGGAGAUUUGCUGUGUAAUACUUAAUAGGGGCCUUGCCCUAAGAGAUCAUGUGCCUUUUUGGGUGGCAAACUAGCACACACUCAGGUUUUUAGAGGCAAAAUAGCAGCAAGAAAAAGCAACUUAUUCUUAUUUAGGGCUGCCGUAUAAAACAAGAAAGUUUUUCUUUCAGAAAAGGGUUGUUCUGGCUUUAAAAAAAUAAAAGUGUUUACUUGA